UUCUUAUCAAGCCAAGCCUUUUCUCCCUCCAGGCUCCACAGCCAGUUAACGGCGGAGAGAGAGAGAGAGAGAGAGGGAGAGAAAAACCCUCGUCUCGUCGCCGAAUCGCUUCUAUUCGAUCACUCCGUCCCUCCUGCUGAUCUCCGAUCAGAGACAAACCUGCAGCCAUGUUCGGCUCCACUAACCCCUUUGGCCAGUCCUCAAGUAGCCCAUUCGGAUCCUCUGUGUUUGGGCAAACAAGCAGUCCUAACAAUAAUCCCUUUGCUCCUAAGCCCUUUGGAAGCCCAAAUCCUUUUGGUUCUCAGACAGGGAGCUCAUUAUUCGGUGGUACGUCCACUGGUGUCUUUGGGCAGCCUUCAACUCCAGCAUUUGGUGCUUCAUCCUCACCAGCUUUUGGAAGCUCCACACCUGCAUUUGGAGCAUCAUCAACUCCUGCGUUUGGUAGUUCUUCAUCCUCUUUUGGUGGAUCGUCUUUAUUUGGGCAGAAACCCCCCUUUGGAGGAUUUGGGUCAACUCCUGGUCAGACUAAUCCAUUUGGUGGUGGCUUUCAACAAACGCAACCUGCAUUUGGUAGCAAUCCUUUUGGUUCUACCCCCACUUUUGGUGCAUCCAGUCAACCAGCAUUUGGAGCUACAAGCACAUUAACAUUUGGCUCUUCUACCACUCCUGCUUUUGGUGCUUCAAGUACUCCAGCUUUUGGUGCAACAAAUGCCCCUGCCUUUGGUGCCACAAGUGCACCAUCAUUUGGCUCAUCAACUACUCCAGCAUUUGGAUCAGCAGCAAGUCCAUUAUUUGGUAGCACAGGAACAGCUUUUGGGGCCUCAAGCACUCCAGCAUUUGGUGCAUCAUCUACAACCGCUUUUGGCGCUCCAAGCACAUCCCUAUUUGGAUCUUCAAGCACUCCAGCAUUUGGUGCUGCCAGCACUCCAACAUUUGGUUCUUCUUCAGCCCCUGCCUUUGGUGCCUCAAGCACACCAUCAUUCAGCUUUGGCUCCACUCCUUCCUUUGGCCAGUCAACAUCAACAUUUGGUAGCACGCCUUUUGGCUCAACACCAUCACCAUUUGGUGCUCAGAGCUCCCCAUUUGGUGCUCAGGCAACAACACCUACAUUUGGUAGCCCGGGUUUUGGACAACAAGCAUUUGGGGCUCAACGUGGGGGAACUAGAUUUGCAUCUUUUACCCCAACACCUGAGGUUGAUGGCGGAACUGGCACACAGCCUGCUGGAAAACUGGAGUCAAUAUCAGCUAUGCCUGUGUACAAAGAUAAGAGUCAUGAGGAGUUGAGGUGGGAGGACUAUCAACUUGGAGAUAAAGGGGGACCAAAUGCUGCUGGACAGACUGCUCCUGGCGUCAACUUUUCUACCACCCAACCAAACCCUUUUGGUUCAACUAGCACAUUUGGCCAGACUGCUUCAAAUCCCUUCUCUUCCUCUUCAGCGUCAAAUCCAUUUGCUCCUAAAACUCCUUCUUUUGGUUCGUCUGGCUUUGGUUCUUCAUCUACAAUUUUCAACCCACCAUUUAGCGCGGCGUCAUCAAGCCCCUUUGGUUCAACUACCACUUCCACUUCACUCUUUGGGGGCUCUAGUGUCCCUGGAUUUGGUUCGAGUACUUCACCUUCAAUCCUUGGCGGAACUACCACACCUGCUUUUGGUUCUUCACCCUCUAUUUUUGGCACUCCUGCAUCUGGGUCAAGUUCCUCAUUUGGUUCUAGCCUGAACUUUGGUAACACUCAAUCAUCUGGCCUAUUUCAAUCAACUCCAUCACUUGCCCAGACACCAUCCCCUUUUGGACAGCCAACAGCAGGUUUUCAGCAAUCUACACCUGCAUUUGGUUCGAGCUUGCUUAGCACACCAUCCACUGGGUUUGGGGGGAUUUUGUUCGGCAGCUCAACUCCUUCACUUCUUCCGAUGAGCAAUCCUUCAAUCUUUGGUCAAACAACUCCUUCUCUUUCUUCUGCUUUUCAACCUGUGGCUCCUGCUUCAUCAAGUACCUUCUCCUUUGGCAACUUUGCCCAGCCACAACCUGCACCAUCCAGUGGUUUUGGCAGCAUGUCAAAUAUGUUCAGUCAGGGAGCAUUUGGGCAGUCCGGUUCUGCCACUCACUCCAGUAUGGUCAUGCAACCAGCUCCUGUUACAAAUCCAUUUGGAACACUACCAGCAAUGCCUCAAAUGUCUAUUGGCCGUGCUGGUUCUUCCCCUUCUGUUCAGUACGGAAUUUCUACCAUGCCUGUUGCUGAAAAACCUCUUCAGACUAGACUUUCAUCACUGGUGGUUCCCAGACACUUAUCUCAAAGAAGAAUAAGGUUACCAGCUAGGAAAUAUCAUCCAAAAAAUGAUGGUCCAAAGGUUCCAUUUUUUAUGGAUGAUGAAGAAACACCAUCAACACCAAAAGCUGAUGCCCUUUUCAUCCCUAGGGAAAACCCAAGGGCACUGGUUAUUCGGCCGAUUGAACAGUGGCCCCCUAGAACAAUUUCAGAACGUGAAAAUGUGGUAAAAGAUAGUUCAGCACCAGUUAAUGAAAACGGUAGUUCUUCAGGAAUGCCUUCUGCUCCAGUUUUCAAUGGAUCAAGAAAUGAUAAGCAUGUUGAGAAUUCAACAGAGAACACUUACAUGGGAAACCAUGAUAAGGUACCUUCAACACAACCUAAACCCUCGCUGAAGUCAAAUGGGGUCCAUGAAAACCAUGCCCAGAAGGACUCAUCCUAUAUCACACUAUCUGGACACAGGGCUGGUGAGGCUGCAAUUGUAUAUGAGCAUGGUGCGGAUAUUGAAGCCCUAAUGCCCAAACUUCGACACGCUGAUUACUACACGGAACCACGGAUCCAGGAGUUGGCUGCGAAAGAGCGAGCCGAACCAGGUUUUUGCCGUCAUGUUAAGGACUUUGUGGUCGGGAGGCAUGGGUAUGGUAGCAUUAAGUUUCGAGGGGAGACAGAUGUGAGGAGGCUCGAUCUUGAGUCAUUAAUUCAGUUCAAUAAUCGGGAGGUGAUUGUAUACAAGGAUGAGAGCAAGAAGCCGCCGGUUGGUCAGGGUCUUAACAAGUCUGCAGAGGUGACACUCCUCAACAUCAAGUGUAUGAACAAAAAGACUGGACUGCUGUACACAGAAGGACCCAAAGUUGAGAAAUACAGAGAAAUGCUUAAGAAGAAAGCUGAGGAGCAAGGUGCCGAGUUUGUUUCAUACGACCCUGUUAAAGGAGAAUGGAAAUUCAGGGUCAAGCACUUCAGCCGCUAUGAGUUUGGAGAUGGAGAUGAAGGAUAUUAUUAACUGCUUUUCGAUAUAAAUCCACCCAUCUUCAUUCAAGGUGUUGUAUGCUAGUUGGCCCUCUCUAUGUACAAUUCUGAUGUCCCAGCCUUGUGAUUCUAUUUCAAGUCUUUUGUAAAGCUUGUGGAGGUGCUGCUGCUAAAGUUUUUAGUGACCACCUUUCAAGUUCAACUUCUCUACUUCCGUAUGGUAUUUCCUUUUCAUGAAUGUAUUUGUCAAGAUGAUGCUUCUGAAGAGUGUCUUGGAUUUCUUUGUUUCUUGUCUGAUUUGUCUUUGUUAUCUUAAACCAGCUUUAUGUUGUAA